AUGCCUGGGCUCAAUGAAAUUCUUAGUGAUCCAGAGGUUCUCGCAGCCAUGCAGGAUCCAGAAGUUAUGGUGGCCUUCCAGGAUGUGGCCCAGAACCCAGCAAAUAUGUCAAAAUAUCAGAGCAAUCCAAAGAUCAGGAAACUCAAGGACAGGGAGCUGAGUGCUGUCGUGGAGUUCACUGAUUGGAGCAGUGAGUCUGCGCUUGAUACCAUACAAGGAUUCUGCACCGACUCUUCUGUGGCUGGCCUGCCCUUCCUCAUCAUUGAGACAAGCACCAUCAAGCCUUACCACCGAGGGUUUUACUGCAAUGACGAGAGCAUCAAGUAUCCCCCGAAAACCGGUGAGACGAUAAACGAUGCCGUGCUCUGCGCCGUGGGGAUUGUCAUCGCCAUCCUCGCGAUCAUCACUGGGGAGUUCUACCGCAUCUACUACCUGAAGGAGAAGUCCCGGUCAACGAUUCAGAACCCCUAUGUGGCAGCCCUCUAUAAGCAGGUGGGCUGCUUCCUCUUCGGCUGUGCCAUCAGCCAGUCCUUCACAGACAUUGCCAAAGUCUCCAUAGGGCGCCUGCGUCCUCACUUCCUGAAUGUCUGCAACCCCGAUUUCAGCCAGAUCAACUGCUCCGAGGGCUACAUCGAAAACUACAAAUGCAGAGGUGACGACAGCAAAGUCCAGGAGGCCAGGAAGUCCUUCUUCUCUGGCCACGCCUCCUUCUCCAUGUAUACUAUGCUGUAUCUGGUGCUGUACCUGCAGGCCCGCUUCACUUGGCGAGGGGCCCGCCUGCUCCGGCCCCUCCUGCAGUUCACCCUGAUCAUGAUGGCCUUCUACACGGGACUGUCGCGCGUGUCCGACCACAAGCACCAUCCCAGCGAUGUGCUGGCAGGAUUUGCUCAAGGAGCCCUGGUGGCCUGCUGCAUAGUUUUCUUUGUGUCCGACCUCUUCAAGACCAAGACGACACUGUCCCUGCCUCCCCCGGCUCUCCGGAAGGAAAUUCUUUCACCUGUGGACAUUAUUGACAGGAACAAUCACCACAACAUGGUGUAGGUGCCGCCCACCUCCUGAGCUGUUUUAUAAAAUGACUGCUGACAGCAAGUUCUUGCUGCUCUCCAAUCUCAUCAGACAGUAGAAUGUAGGGAAAAACUUUUUGCCCAACCAAUUUUAAAAAGGAAAAAAAAAAAAAAGUCUUACUUUGUGGCCUUCCAAAAUAGGUAGCGUUCACCUAUGUGGAAACAGCAGCAAACUAACACCAAGUGCCGAAAUCCUGGAUGUGCAAUUGGUUUUAAGUGUUCAUGUUCUAGUGAACACGGGCUUGUUCUGGAACAAACACUAAAAUGAUUUGCGUAGAGUCUGCCAGUCAGCCUUGUGACCCGAGGAAUCCCAGGCCUGUGAGAAAAGCUCAGAUUCACUUCGUAGCACGCAACGGCAGAAAUAGCCCUGAAUCAAGAGAAUAGCCAUUGGGGGGCUCCUCUCUCGUGUCCCUCUGUCCACCCCACUCUGUUCUAUACUGUGACUUCGGUUCAGGAAGUUAAAUACAAGGAAGGAGCAAGUUUUCUAAGCCAGGUGAUUCGAUCCUGAGUGCAAGCUCCUAGUCCUGAGGCCUCGGCCCUCACUCCCGCGGCCCACAGGCCAGCAACCACAGCCCCUCGCUUUAGUGAUUAGGAGACUCUUUGUGGAUGAGUGAAUUUCACAAAUAGCACCAUUUCAGAAGAGGUCGAGGGUGCUGGCCCUCACUGGUCUUCUCUGGCCGCAUCACGCGGUGAUGGGGGGGACGUCAGCUGCGGGAUGCUGCGGUUGUGUUCACUAGUCACCCAGCACCUGCACACUUUCGGUAACAGUUAGCUUCGCUCACUGCUGCUCCCUCGAAGCCCUUGCUGUGUGCCCACCAGGGUUUCCUGGGAGGGUCCCGACAGAGCAAAGGCGUGCUCUGCCACCAGCUGAUGGAAAGCAGCCUUACACCCAAGAGACGUGGGAGCAAAGGGGCAAGAAUGAAAAACUCACCAGCCUUUUGGCUACUCGAAGUCAGAAUGAGCCAGAGUAGCAGACGGUCUCAUGCCUGACAGGCUACCCUUCCAGAUCUCGGAGCUGACGAGGGUCUCUGUGGGGGCUGCUCUUGCUAAGCUGUGUAAAGCACUAUUGUCUUGGGGUUGAUCUCUAGGGCAGUUCUUGGUAGGUUCUGCUGGGCAGAACACAUGGGUUAAAUCUCCGUAGAGUUUUUCUCAUCCUCUCUCCAUAAGUGUCCUUCUAAGCAAGGCCCCACUCUAGGCAGUAGACAGGGAUCCUUUCUACUGAACCUUUGAGGAAAGGAGGAAGGAAGAAAGGCUUUCCGAUGGCGGAUGCAGACCUUUCAAAGGGCUAAAUGUAACCACAUGGAUCAACCACAUGCACAUCCUCACUACAGAAGUCGUCCUUUCAUUUCAACUCCUAGCAAGCUAUGAUUUUUAUAUAUAAAUAUUAUAUAAAUAAUGUAUAAAACAUUAAAAGUUAACUAUGUAAGAUAUUAUUUCUGAAACAAUUUUAGCUAUAUCCACUAUGAUUAUAAACUGUGUCUCGACCUGUGUUAUUUACAUUAGCUGCUUAAAAAAGCAUUGAGUUAAUUUUUUUUUUAAUAUCAACUAAAAUAUUGUAGUUCCGUGGUAGACCUUGUUUUACAAUGAAAGAAAUAACUGCAACUAGAGAAAACUGUAUGAAAACAUUAAAGUGUCAGUAUUUUUGUAAGGUUCCCAUUUUUUGUAAAGAGAAUAAUAUUCAAAGACUUUUGUAGAAUACAAAGUGAAAACUUGUAUCUGCGAAACUAUCCUUGUAUUAAAUGUGCUUUUUAAAUAAAAGCUCAUAACACAACUAA